CAUUUAGUGGCAACCGAAUCGAAAACGAAAGUGGAAAUGCGGGACUGGCGUCGGCCUUUUCCGCUCCAACUCCUCCUCGCUCGCCCACGCCGCUUGCUUUUGGCCAGCCGGUUGUAAAAUCGGGGGAAAAAAACAUUGAAUCGCAGUUGGUUCUGCUUGACUUCGACUGUCAAAGGGCGACGGAAUUUGGGAUCCUGAGAAUCCAUAUACCAUAUACCAGAUAAAAAAACAACAUGAUAGAACGAGAAAUUAUCCACACAACUCCCGCCUCAAAGCGCCUCUUCGACGUCCUUCAGGAUCUUCUGCAGUUCCUGUUGCUUUUUGUGCGCAUCCUUCUUGAAUUGUUUGUUAACCUGGUGCAGACUUUUUUGCCCAAACAGCAGAAGGAUGUCAGCGGGGAGAUAGUUCUGAUUACCGGAACUGGACACGGAAUAGGUCGGGAGCUGGCCCUUCACUACGCUUCCUUGGGCAGCACGUUGGUUUGUGUGGACAUCGAUGAGAAAAACAACCUGCAAACGGUUCAGAAAGCAAAACGUCUAAAUCUGGGCGAAGUGUACAGCUACAGCUGCGAUGUUUCCAAGCGCGAAGAGGUAAUGGCUCUGGCGGAUCGGGUUAAAGCGGAAGUUGGACAUAUAUCGGUGCUUGUGAACAAUGUUGGGAUAAUGCCCACCCAUCCGAUCCUGCAGCAGUCGGAAGAAGAAAUCAAGAGGGUUUUCGAUGUCAAUGUAUUCUCGCAAUUCUGGACCAUUCAGGCCUUCCUGCCUCACAUGCAGGAGAAGAAUCGAGGCCACAUUAUCUCCCUUUCUUCGAUUGCGGGCUUGGUGGGAAUUUCCAACUUGGUUCCCUACUGUGCCACAAAAUUCGCAGUUCGUGGUUUAAUGGAGUCACUGCAUGCUGAGUUGCGAGAGGGACCUUACAGGGAUCUGAUAAAGACAACCACUAUAUUCCCGUAUAUGACCAACACUGGCUUAUGCAAACAUCCCAAGGUGAAGUUCCCAUCGAUUCUGGGCCUACUUGAUCCCAAACAGGUUGCCAGGCGGAUUGUGGAGGCCCAUCGAUCCGACCUUAUGGAGGUAACCAUCCCCAGUAGCCUGUUGCACAUCAACAACUGGACGAGACUCUUGCCGGAUCAUUGUGGCCUCAUGCUUAAGGACUUCAUUGACAGUGGCGUGGAGUCGGACUUAAAAUAGUUUUUCUUUAUAAGUAGAUCAUAGAUCGCGUUACAAUAUUUGCAGUACAAUAAACCUACUUUCGGAGUUUGUAUUAAAAUAAAACGUUUCAGCUAAAA